AUGGCGACUAAGGAGAAGAAGGGGCAGGACAAUGCCCUCAUGGACGCCGCGAAGAACUUCAUGGCGGGGGGUGUCUCGGCGGGUGUGUCUAAGACCAUUGUCGCCCCCAUUGAGCGAGUCAAGAUGUUGAUUCAAACCCAAGACUCUAUCCCUGACAUCAAGGAGGGGCGCAUGCCGCGCUAUACCGGCAUCACUAACUGCUUUCUCCGGGUAUCCAGAGAGCAGGGCAUGGUCUCCCUAUGGAGGGGCAACCUUGCCAAUGUCAUCCGGUACUUCCCAACCCAAGCUUUCAACUUCACUUUCAAGGACACUUUUAGGAGGAUGUUCCCGAAGUACGACCAGAAUAAAGAGUUCGGCAAAUUCUUCCUGACCAACGUUGCCUCGGGAGGCCUUGCGGGGGCUGCCUCCCUUACUGUGGUGUAUCCUCUAGACUUCGCUAGGACCCGUCUGGCUUCUGACGUAGGAAAAGGAAAUGCGCGAGAGUUUACUGGGAUGGGCGACUGCCUCAAGAAGAUAUGUGCUCGCACCGGCUUCUUCUCGCUCUACCAGGGAUUCGGCGUCUCUGUUCAGGGUAUUAUUGUAUAUCGUGGUGCGUAUUUCGGCUUAUUUGACACUGCCAAGGCUAUGCUUUUCGGGGAUGGCAAACCGAAUCUAUUUUUCAAGUGGGUGGUGGCACAGAGCGUAACUGCAGCAGCAGGCGUUGUGUCUUACCCCUUCGACACCGUGAGGAGGCGAAUGAUGAUGAUGGCUGGUCGCAAAUCCGCGGAAGAACUGCAGUACACUGGCACUCUGGAUUGCUGGCGCAAAAUCGCCCAACAGGAAGGCUCACGCGGCUUCUUCAAGGGGGCCUGGGCUAACGUUCUCAGGGGUGCUGGGGCUGCUCUGGUCCUGGUCUUUUACGACGAAUUCCAGAGGUUGCUCAUGUAA